AUGAGAGAUACGGCUAAGAAGAACCAUCUUUCUCAACAAGAGUCUUCACCUCUUCUUCUCUUCCCAUUUAGCCACUUUGCUUUGACUUUUCCCACGUAUGAGCUUCUCCUCUUCUUUCUGAUCUCUUCUUCUUUCUCAAGUAAGAUACAGGAACUCCUAACCUAUCAGCUAACCACGGCUUCCAGUUGGGAUCUUUCUGCAAAAGAAGAGGUUGUCGUCUGCGAAGAGGAGGUGAGAGAUUUGGAGGUGACUCUUUUGCAAUCUGGACCCCCUCAACACGCUCCUCUCUUCCCGCUUGACUAA